AUGGAAGUUAAUCAAAGUAAAGAUAAAAAAUUAUUUGGCAGUCAAGUGAAAGUUAUGGUAAUUGGUUUAGUACCAAUAACACCUGAAAUUUUACAUAUUUUUCGUAUUGCACUCGAUAUAACGAUUAUUGAAAUAUAUGGUCAAACAGUAUCAACUGGGACUGUAAUAAGUCCAUAUAUAAUGGAUUUAUCAUUCGGAACGGUUGACUCAUCUUUCCUGUAUGUGCAAAUAAAACUUAUUGAUGUACCUAAUACUAAUAAUCGAAGUAAUAAUAAUCAUUGGAACGUUUGUAUUCGAGGACCAACUAUUUCGGAAAAUUAA